AUGAAAUCUUGCAUGGGGAAUGCACAGCAAGCAGAGGACUGGUGCACUGAUUUUUGCGGUACCGAGCAGUGUGGUAUUCUUUCUAUUUCGUCGAGGCCACCGUCGUCCUGUCGGGACAGCUGCUCAGAUUGGAGUGAUGGAGGAACAGCAGCAGAGAAUAGUGAUUCAAGAGAGGUGACUGGUAGCGCAAGUUCUGUACUAUCCACACACUGGCGCCUCCGAGAAUCACAGCAAAAGCCCGUCGACUACGAACGAGAUGUCGUAGUGGCAGUUCCAGAGUCUGCAACUUGCACAGGUAAUACAUCACCUGCUGAGGCGACUACAACCAGCUCAGCGCCUCCUCUGCCACUCUUUGCUUCGGAAGAAGACGAGGCGAACAAAAUCGCAUGCAUGAUAUUGGAAGAGAACGCUACUUCCCAAAGCUGGAAGUCCUCGAUGAAAAAGAGGAUAUCCGCGUCACGAAGCUCAGGGAGCACCGAUGAGAGGAGUUCUGCGGUACCUCGCUUCACGUCUCCCGCAUGCGCGCCGAACUCGGAUUCCUUAGGAAAAGGCAUGCCAAACAUACAUGGAGGUGAAAAUGGCAAGAUGCAUGACGAGAGUUACUCUCAUCUUCAACGCUCUGAAGAAGGACCAUCUCCUCGUGGUGCUGCACGGAGCAAGCCGUCGCUGCUUCAGUUCGAAGACGACUCGCAGAUUUUCUCGGACGAGUUGCAACGAUCUCUCGCACACGUUUGCCGGACAGCUGAGCUCAAUUUCUUCAACAUGACAGCCGGCAUGCAGCGACGAAUGGCAGAACAGCUCCGUGUCGAACAGCAGCAACAUGAAUUGAGGCUGAGGGAGAGCAGAGCAGAAGUUGAGGCUACACGAGCUGAGCUUAUUGGAAUGCGCUCGGCGAAGGAAGCAACUGAAGACCAGUUAAUGCGCGUCUUCGCCUACGUCCGACGCCGCCUUCUGCGUCAAGAGGGACGCGAGAGACAGGAAACCACCUUCAAAGCAUGGCUUACAUUUGUGGAGCGUGAAAAGGCAACACGCCAUUUGACCCGACUGUUCGAAGCUCAACGAAUAUAUCGAAAGCUACAACGUGCCUUUCACUCAUGGAGAGCUCAGUGCUUCCGGGCAACUGCGGAGCGACAGAAAGAACGGGCGACCCAGGCAGCCCAGGAGGCAGCUGAGCGCCAGAUAGCCGCCCUGCAAUCCGAAAGGAGAAAAGAGACACAAGUGCUCAUCGAGACGCGCCAGAAGCUCCGACAGGAAGCUUUUCAACGUCAACAGCUGCAAAGGACGUUGCAGAUUCUGUUCCUCCAAGGUGCCACAGCCGUAUGCAGUGCGCCCGUGAGCGGAGACUCAAAAAUGGUCACUAGGACCCCCUUUUCGGAAACGCCUUUAGACGUUCAUCCUGGUAUUCACACCCAGAAUUCUCGGCUUCCCCCUCAGGGUUCCACGACCCACGGCCCUGAUGUAUCGUCCGUCAGGACAACAUCCUACCCUGGUGAAAUAAAGAGUCCUUUUCUCACAUCAGCAAAUAUCUCGAAGGCUGCACAUGCAACUGCCCCAUUUUCUCUGAUAGGGCUGGCGGAUUCCUCAGAGACAUACUUGCGAGCAAACAUCGCAUUACAGGCUGCCGCUGCUGCACCGUCAAAACCAUCACUUUCAGACCAGCAACAGCCGGGAAGGAGCGAGUGCAGUGGACUACUUCCUAGCACAUCAAUCGGCGUUCCAGCUUCCCCUGUUGCUAACGUGCAGGUGCCGUACUCCAUAACUGCACACGCAGUCGGUGCGAAUCGUUUUGCUCAACCUCCUACGGAGGCAACAGAGCAGAGGCAGAGCGGCAUCCGCCCUCCCAUGUCUCACAAAAUCCAGCCUUCCGGAGAUUGUAACCUGGCAGUUGUGGGCCGGACUAUCGGCUCCACAUCUCCUCGUGUAGAUACUCACCAGCUCAACGUGCCAGCGUGUCAUAUGUUCUCAGAGCACAUACCGGACCCCGAUGAGAGAGACACAAAAGGUCCUAGACCUCAUCCACCAUUUUUGAUAUAUCCCUCCUUCACAUCCCAAGGUGUAGAGGCACUACUUCAGCCGGUAAAUAUACAAUAUCGAGGUCAAACACCUCGAUUUGCGUCCUUGGACUCUGAUCAGUUUACAAAGACGGCAAUGCAAGGCGCUCCUGAGCGUGUCACAGGAUCAGAACUUCAGCUUGGGCGUGGUAUCCCCCCCACUCAGCACUGGGUUCUUGGCAAGGCUGAGAAACUCCCAGUGGGGGAACAUGGAAUUUAUCGUGAUGCUGGCACGUGCCAACAAGGCACUCAGUCCGAUGCCUCUGGGAUAAAUAACCACACAAACACUUCCCUGUUGGAAUCCCAGAAGGCCGGUGCAUCAACGCCGCCUAGACCGUCAUCGGAAGUGUAUUCGUGGCGCACGCGUGAUCGGCCUCAUAGAUACGAAGUGAGAGAGAAAGAAUUCGGUCGUGUACCAACACGCAUGCGUGUUUCGACGCCAACUAACAUCAGCAAGAACAAAGCGUCCCGAUUGGGAAGGAUCUCCCCGCCCGCGACAGAAAACCUCACCCCAGCACCGCCCGUGCCGUGCUAUGUCACUGAAUCAUCUGGUUUCGGCUUCCCAUCUCAGGUUACGUUUGGUCCUACAGCCGCGAGUUUUGCGAACAAAAAAACAGAGAAGUCAACAUUUACUGCUACUAGAGAAUGUCGUGUGAAACCGAACUUGAGCAAAAAACAGGCAAACUGGACACGCAGCAACACUCCAGGAAGUUGA